GGGUUAUCUCGGAAGCCGUUCGUUGGUCUCAGUUUUUCUCUCUCACUCGACGAGACCUGAGAGGAAAGAACGAUAUCGCGACCAUGAUGGACGCUUCGUCUUUGUCUUUCACGCCAAAGCUCAGCAAUCUAAGUGGUCGACGCGACAAACGCAACACCGCGAAGGAAUGGAACCCUGUUGACAAUAGCGACUUCGAGUUCCAAGACGAAGAAACGACUCCAAUGAGCCCACCGCUGACUAUGCAGCACCACAAGACCGCGUCGUCAAAGACCUUUGAAGACGUUCUCGAUGGACUCACAAGUCUCGAACGAGCGAGCGAUCGUAGACUGCAAGCCAUGAAUGAGUUGACCGAUGGUUUCUUGGAACGCAACGAACGCGGUGAAGUGGAAAUCCAAGAUAACAGCAGCUCCAGUAAAGAAGAGGACCUUGAACGACAAGUAGCGGAGCUACGGCUUCAAUUGGAAGAGACGAAGGCUCAAGGAACGGUCAUGGCUUUUGAUAUCAUCUUCAAAAAUUGGGAAGAUUCUCAGGUCAAACUCCAAGAAGUUCAAGCGUUGCUAAACAACGCGAUGCGCAGGCUCACCGCGAAGGACCGUACGAUUGAGAAGUUGCGAUUGAAAGCAGGUGCUUGCGACACCAUGUUCCAAAAAGCGCGAUCGAAAGAAGAUUCUUGCGACGCCAUGUCCCAACAAUUGCAGCAUGCAAACGAUGAAAACAAAAUACUUAAACGGAGAAUGGCGCGGAAUAAUCGAUGGACUGAAAAGCUUCUAAAGGACACGACCCUUCUCGAGUCGGAGCUCCAGCAGCCGAAGGCAGAGGAAACGCUAGCGAAGACAGAACAAGCUCGUCGCAACAAAGUCCUAUCUCCCUCCUCCCGUCGCAAAGACGUGCAGGAACGUGAAACCGUCUUGCCACCGGUCGCGAUGCAAAACAAUAAUGCGGAAUUUCUCUUCAGCCCCGGUCCUUCCAAUACCAGGAAGACGCCCGCAGUCGGCUUUUCACCGGUCGCGAUGCAAAACAAUAAUGCGGAAUUUCUCUUCAGCCCCGGUCCUUCCAAUACCAGGAAGACGCCCGCAGUCGGCUUUUCACCGGUCGCGAUGCAAAACAAUAAUGCGGAAUUUCUCUUCAGCCCCGGUCCUUCCAAUACCAGGAAGACGCCCGCAGUGGGCUUUUCACCGGUCGUGAUGCAAAACAAUAAUGCGGAAUUUCUCUUCAGCCCCGGUCCUUCCAAUACCAGGAAGACGUCCGCAGUUGUCUUGUCACCGGUCGCGAUGCAAAACAAUGUCGUGGAAGCUCCCUCAUGCCCCCGUCCUUCCAAUACCAGGAAGACGUCCGCAGUUGUCUUGUCACCGGUCGCAGUUGUCUUGUCACCGGUCGCGAUGCAAAACAAUGUCGUGGAAGCUCCCUCAAGCCCCCGUCCUUCCAAUACCAGGAAGACGUCCGCAGUUGUCUUGUCACCGGUCGCGAUGCAAAACAAUGUCGUGGAAGCUCCCUUCAGCCCCCGUCCUUCCAACACCAAGAAGACGUCCGCAGUGCUGCCCCGACGAACCCACACCGAAACCUAUUCAACCUUUGACGCUGAAGCUCUCACGGAUACAAUUGAAGCUCUUCAAAGCCAACAAGCUGAGGGCUCCUCCAGAUCUCUUUCGAGAGACGACGGGAUUCCUGGCAUGGCGAAUAGCAAGGAUCCCGACGAAGGCGAGAAAUUCCGAGAGGGGAAGAAGAAGCCGAAACUCGGAUUCUUUUUUAGAAAGAAAGCGAAUGGACUCGGAGCAAAGAAACGGCAAAAGCACGCAGUCGGAGGAGGCAAGAAUGGUUCCUCCAGCUCAAAGAAAGGGGCUGCAAAGACAGCCAAGUAA